AUGUCAAGAGUCCGCAAUGUUUUGCAUGGCUUCGGUGUGAAAAACUACAUAUUCAUGUUCGGCGUUGUUCCAAUGUUCAUUUUUGGAAUGUAUAUACAUGGACAGAAAAUCACCUACUUUCUUCGGCCAUUAUGGGAGAAACCACCUAAACCUUUCAAUCUCAUUCGUCAUUACUAUAACGACAAUGUUACCAUGGAGAAUCUUUGUCGACUUCAUGGUUGGGGAGUUCGCGACAGUCCAAGACGUGUUUAUGAUGCUGUGUUGUUUAGUAAUGAGUUAGAAAUACUUACCUUGCGUUGGAAGGAAUUGUACCCCUAUGUAGCCGAAUUUGUGAUCCUUGAAUCAAACUCUACAUUUACAGGAAUUCCCAAGCCUCUGAUUUUCAAAAAAUAUAGGGAGAAAUUCAGCUUUAUCGAGCAGCGGUUAACGUACGGGACGAUUGGUGGGAGAUUUAAGAAAAGAGAAAACCCGUUUGUUGAGGAAGCAUUUCAGCGUGUAGCCAUGGAUCAUCUUCUUAAGAUUGCUGGUAUUACAGAUGAUGAUUUAUUGAUUAUGUCUGAUGUUGAUGAGAUACCAAGUGCUCAUACUAUUAAUCUCUUACGAUGGUGCGAUGAAAUACCAGCGAUCCUGCAUCUGCAACUGAAGAAUUAUCUAUAUUCGUUCGAGUUUCACUUGGACGAUCACAGUUGGAGGGCUUCAGUUCAUAGAUAUGAGUCUGGUAAGACACGAUAUGCACAUUACCGACAGUCGGAUAACAUGUUAGCAGAUGCUGGUUGGCAUUGUAGCUUUUGUUUUCGUCGAAUAAGUGAUUUUAUUUUUAAGAUCAAAGCUUAUAGUCAUUAUGAUAGAGUUAGAUUCUCUCAUUAUUUAAAUCCUGAGAGAAUUCAGAAAGUAAUAUGUGAAGGAGCUGACUUAUUUGAUAUGUUGCCUGAAGAGUACACUUUCAGGGAAAUUAUUGGUAAAAUGGGUCCUAUACCUCAUUCAUAUUCUGCAGUUCAUCUUCCUGCUUUCCUUCUGGAAAAUGCAGAGAAGUAUAAAUUUCUCUUACCUGGAAAUUGCAUGAGAGAGAGAUGA